CACGUGACGUAAGGGCGCAGCGCUGAACUGUUUAUGGGCACGGAGGCAGUCGCGGUGCAUUGUGGUCCCCACCGGUGGCUGUGCAGAAACAGAAACCAUCCUGCCGCUCCGCAGCAGAAAAGCACGUCAGUCUGCGUGUACACGACACUAGAAGCUGAUUUCCAGUUGACCUGCAGCACCCCUAAAAGCAGCCAUGUCAUCGACAUCCCAAAAGCAUAGAGACUUUGUGGCCGAGCCCAUGGGGGAGAAGACCGUGAUGGCUCUGGCAGGCAUCGGAGAGGUCCUUGGCAAAAGACUGGAGGAGAAAGGUUUUGACAAGGCAUAUGUUGUCCUCGGCCAGUUUCUAGUGCUUAAGAAAGAUGAGGAGCUUUUCCGGGAUUGGCUGAAGGACUCUUGCAUGGCAAAUUCCAAACAACAAAAGGACUGCUUUUGCUGUCUGAAAGAAUGGUGUGACGCCUUCCUAUAAACUACUCAAUCGCUGUUUUCUACUACUCUAGUUCCAACUGUACAUUACCUCUUUCAUGGUCUGUAUUCAAUCCAGAUUCACAGUAAAUAUGAAGGGGAACUACAUACUUUAAGUUUAUGGAAGUCCGCUUGUUUUUUAAUUCUAAUGAAAAGUUUUGCCACAUUUCUGAAAUCCUACAACCCCCUAAAAUAACUCACACAUGCGCUUCUCAUGGUCUUUGUCGUGUAGCUCUGGACUAGAAACCUGCAGACUGGAAAUUAUUACUGGUAUUUAUCCCAUGUCAAAAUGUCUGCUAAUGAUGACUAAUCUUUCUUCUUCACACCUUGGCCUUUUUGCCCCACUUUUUUAAAGCCGUUGGAAAGUUCAAAGCUGUCAUUUAAAAAAAGCGUGUUUCACAGUUUGAUAUGUUAUUCCACCAAUGUUUGAAGUAUUUCGCGAGGAGGUGGAUUGUCAGCUUGGAGUGUUUUGCAUUGGAUGUGAGACGAGAAAUAACCCUAAAAAUGCAAAUGACACUAGACUUUGCAUAGAUGCAGAUAUACUUUUAAAAUUAUAGUACAAACAUUUUGCCAUUUUAACUGUUGAUCCUGCAACUAAAGGAGCAAACUGGCUGGAUUCGCUUGUGAGGUCUGCUAAAAGCUUGUUUCACCCUGUAGAUUGAAAUGUGUAUAAAUAAAGAUGCCAAUGGCCAAACUCA